ACCGAUGGAAGACAACGCUGGAGCCGCUUCCUCCGCCACCACCGGCGAAAUCGGUGCUGUAGACGGCGGCGCCGGUAACAUCAAAAUCAAAGUGUCUUACGGUUCCAACAAUUUCGACGUCUUUACUUCCCCUCAAUCCACUUUCGCCGAUUUGAAACAAUUGAUUGCAAAAGCAACUGGUUUAGAUCCCAAGGUGCAAAACGUGUUAUUCAGAGGAAAAGAAAACGAUGACCAUGAAAGCUUACAUACGGUUGGUGUGAAGGACAAUGCAAAGGUGAUACUAAUUGAGAAUUCACCUGCAAAAGAGGACGGCCUUGAAACAGUUGAAGAAGUUAAGGAAAACAUUGAGGAGACAUCAAGAACCGUUGAAGAAGUUAAGGAAAACAUUGAGGUGAUAUCAAGAGGGCUCGAGGCUGUUAAUCUAGUAAGGGAGGAAAACAAUCAGUUUGCAGAACAGGUUGCUAGUUUAGAGGCCGUCGUUUGUUCUGGGACUCAGGUCGCGGAUAAAGAUUUUGUUUUUGUAACGGAGAUGCUCAUGAGGCAGUUGCUGAAAUUGGAUGGAAUUGAUUGUGAAGGAGAAGGGAGAAUACAAAGAAAGUCGGAGGUACGCCGUGUUCAGGGUCUCGUUGAAAAGUUGGAUAAUCUUAGGGAAAAGAACUCAAAUCCUACCAGCGAUGUCCCAGAAACAUCGGAUGAACCGGCGUUGUCAUCUUCUUCAAAGGUGACUCAAGACUGGGAAACUUUUGAAUAGUUAAAAUGUCUUGCAUUUUUUGGUCCAAAAUAGUUUCCUUUUUGCAAUCUCAGUCAAAAGUCGGUAUUUUUUUGGUAACAGUAAGGUUCAAAAUCGUGAAAACUGCUGUUUAAGUGUGUUCACUUGGGCCCAAAAAAUAGUUUGCAUAUACUUUUUGCAGCAUAUCUUGUGAAAUUUGUUCAACUGGGUGCUAUUGCUAGUGGAUGCAAUUUUGAAUUGGCUGAAGUAUAUGAA